GGGCCGGCGCACGCUCGUACGGAGGCCGCAGCGGCAGGGCGGGGCCGCGGAGCAGCGGGUGGCGGCGGAGGCAGUCUUCCAUCGCUGCCUCGCUCCCCUCGGGGUCUCCGCUCGGCGAGGUCCCGGGUUCGCGAGGACUUUUGCGCGCAGCCAUGGGCGGCGUCGGGGAGCCAGACUGGGAACCUGGGCAGCGGGGGGCGCCGCUGCCCACCCUCCGCUGGGAGCAGGUCCGCCGGCACAACCUGCCAGGCGACAAGUGGCUGGUGAUUGAGCGUCGCGUCUACGACAUCAGCCGCUGGGCACAGCGACACCCGGGGGGCAGCCGCCUCAUCGGCCACCACGGCGCCGAGGACGCCACGGAUGCCUUCCACGCCUUCCACCAGGACCUCAGUUUUGUGCGCAAGUUCCUGCAGCCUCUCCUGAUUGGAGAGCUGGCCCCAGAGGAGCCCAGCCAGGAUGGACCCCAGAAUACCCAGCUGAUCGAGGACUUCCGAGCCCUGCGCCAGGCGGUGGAGGACAUGAAGCUGUUUGAAGCCAAGCCCGCCUUCUUCGGUCUCCUGCUGGGCCACAUCCUGGCCAUGGAGGUGCUCGCCUGGCUCAUGAUCUACAUGCUCGGCCCCGGCUGGGUGCCCAGCACCCUGGCCGCCCUCAUCCUGGCCGUCUCCCAGGCCCAGAGUUGGUGUCUGCAGCACGACCUGGGCCACACGUCCAUCUUCAGGAAUUCCCGGUGGAACCACUUGGCCCAGCAGUUUGUGAUGGGGCAGCUGAAGGGCUUCUCUGCACACUGGUGGAACUUCCGCCACUUCCAGCACCACGCCAAGCCCAACAUCUUCCACAAGGACCCAGACGUGACUGUGGCGCCUGUCUUCCUUUUGGGGGAGUCGUCCGUUGAGUAUGGCAAGAAGAAGCGCAGAUACUUGCCCUACAACCACCAGCACCUGUACUUCUUCCUGAUCGGCCCGCCGCUACUCACGCUGGUGAACUUCGAAGUGGAAAAUCUGGCCUACAUGCUGGUGUGCAUGCAGUGGACGGACUUGCUCUGGGCUGCCAGCUUCUACGCCCGUUUCCUCUUGUCCUACAUCCCCUUCUAUGGCGUUCCUGGGGCGCUGCUCCUCUUUGUGGCUGUCAGGGUCCUGGAGAGCCACUGGUUCGUGUGGAUCACACAGAUGAACCAUAUCCCCAGGGAGAUUGGCCAUGAGAAGCACCGGGACUGGGCCAGCUCUCAGCUGGCAGCCACCUGCAAUGUGGAGCCUUCGCUCUUCAUCGACUGGUUCAGCGGACACCUCAACUUCCAGAUCGAGCACCAGAGAGGCCAAGACAUCUGCCCUGGACUUCCUGGAAGGCCCAGGAGAGGUGGUGCCCAGGUCCGGGGGUGCCAAGGCACCGUCUCCCCCGCAGUCUCUUCCCCACGAUGCCGAGGCACAACUAUCGCAGGGUGGCCCCGCUGGUCAAGGCCCUGUGCGCCAAGCACGGCCUCAGCUACGAGGUGAAGCCCUUCCUCACCGCCCUGGUGGACAUCAUCAGGUCCCUGAAGAAGUCUGGCAAUGUGUGGCUGGAAGCCUACCUCCACCAGUGAUGACCGCAGCGCCCGGGGCCCCAGCAGCCACCAAGCCACCCAGACAGGCUUCUUCACCUGCCCCACCUCGCCCUGCCUCAGGCUGGAGGCCCUGUCUGUCCUCUUGGGUCCCCUCCCCGUCUGCUCCACAGCCCUACGACCAUGGCUCUAGACCCACUAGGACCAGGGCUAGGGGCAUGGUGUAUAAAGACAGUGAGCGUGACAUGUUUUCCUAGAGCAAAAAUUUAGGUGAAAAAUGUUAUUUUUAUAUAAAAACAAACCCAUGUAUGUUAUGGAGUAGAUAUUUGCAUGGAUUUUGGAACUGGAGUUCAGGUCCUUGGGCCAUCAGGGUGUUAGGAGGUGAGAGGGCGGUGGUGGAUGGUGGCUUUCUGAGUUGACCUCUGCUCUGGGUCAGGGAGCUGAGCCCUGGGCUCAGAUGCCCUGAGGGCCUGGUCCCUUCCUGUUCUUCACCCAGUCACCAGCAACCUUGGUAGUUCACUCCAGGCUCACCCCACUUCACUCCUUUGCAUAGUUGGACAGGGAGGACAGGGAGGCGUCCCUGGUGGCUCAGUGGUGAAUAAUCCGCCAGCCAGUGCAGGAGACACAGGUUCAAUCCCUGGGUCUAGAUUUCUUGGAGAAAGAAAUGGCAAGGCACUCCAGUAUUCUUGCUUGGGAAAUCCCCUGGACAGAGAAGCCUGGUAGGAUAGGGUUGCAGAAAGAGUCAGACUAGACUUAUCGAUUAAACAACACAGAGAGAGACAGAAACUGGCGGCAGACAGGGGCCGAGGGCCAUGUAUGCGGGCACCCCCAGAUCACAGGAGGCACCCCUGUCCGGCAUCUGCACUGGCCUGAUGGCCAAGGGGCCUUAGAGGGCCACUGGUGGGGGUCUGCUGCUGAGCUCAGAAGUAUACCUGGCAUCACACCAAUGAGCGGGUCCACAGGAGGUGAUCGGGAUCUCCCCCUGCCCCAUGCCUGUCCGGGACCAGGUGCUGGUUUCCAGCUGCUGCAGUGAACCAUUCAAGCAGGA